CUUAACUAGCCUCUGUGAUUACUAAUCACCGCUAACGAAGCAUCAAGCAACCUAGAAUAUAACCUAUAAAACAGCGAAGGAACCCUACAUUGAUUCAGUUAACUACUUUCGUUCAACACCUAAACAUCGUACAUUAAAUAAGACGAACUAAAAUGGGCAGCAUCGGUAGAGCACGUCUAACGGGAUUUCUUUGCCGCCUAUGCACCGAAAUGAGUCGCGUGGUUAUACAUAUUUAUGGCGAUCACGGCCGAAGGAUUAAUUUAGAAAGGAAAAUUCUGAAAUAUCAGCCAGUCUUCGUAUCGCCAACUGAUCUAUUGCCAAAGGCAAUUUGUCUGCAAUGCGUCGGACGAGUGGAAAGAAACUAUAAACUCUUAAAGCGUCUAAAGCAUGCAAACGGCAUCUUAAUAAAAUUAGGAAAAAGUCCUGUGGGCCAUCAAGAUUCAGACGAAUAUUCCUCGGAAGAAGACGACAUCGCUGAUGAUUUGAAAGAUUUAUUGAAAGAUUUAUGAAAAUGAUUUGAGGAAAUGAAAAAUUUAAGAAAAAUGAUUUGUUAACGAGCACAGGAUCACAAACUAAUGGCAAUGGAAAGACGAUUAAACACAUCACAGAAACAAA